GAACCUUUCUUACAACCCAAUCAAGAAAAUACAAAUAGACCAGUUUGACUUUCUAAUUAAACUCAAAUCCCUUAGCUUGGAAGGCAUUGAAAUUGCAAACAUCCAGAGAAGAAUGUUCAGACCCCUGAGAAACCUUUCUCAUAUAUAUUUUAAGAAAUUCCAGUACUGUGGAUAUGCCCCUCAUGUGCGCAGCUGUAAACCAAACACUGAUGGGAUUUCAUCCCUUGAGAACCUCUUAGCUAGCAUCAUACAGAGAGUGUUUGUCUGGGUUGUAUCUGCCAUCACCUGCUUUGGAAAUAUUUUUGUUAUCUGCAUGAGGCCUUACAUCAGAUCAGAGAAUAAGCUCCACGCCAUCUCAAUAAUGUCUCUCUGCUGUGCUGACUGUCUGAUGGGAAUAUAUUUAUUUGUGAUUGGAGCUUUUGAUCUUAAAUAUCGUGGAGAAUACAACAAGCACGCUCAGUUGUGGAUGGACAGUAUUCAUUGUCAAUUGGUGGGAUCGCUGGCUAUUCUGUCUACAGAGGUGUCAGUCUUACUGUUGACUUACCUGACUUUGGAAAAAUACGUCUGCAUAGUUUAUCCUUUUAGGUGUUUGAAGCCCAGAAAAUGCAGGACAAUUUCCAUUUUGAUUCUUAUCUGGAUGAUUGGGUUUGCUGUUGCUUUUAUCCCACUGAGCAAUAAGGAAUUUUUCAGGAACUACUAUGGCACCAACGGCGUCUGUUUUCCUCUUCACUCAGAACAAUCAGAAAGUGCAGGAAGUCAGAUUUAUUCUGUUGUCAUUUUUUUAGGUGUAAACUUGGCAGCUUUUAUCAUCAUUGUGUUUUCCUACGGGAGUAUGUUCUACAGUGUUCACCAAACAGCUAUUACAGCUACUGAAAUUCGGAAUCAUAUUAAAAAAGAGAUGAUCCUUGCGAAACGUUUUUUCUUCAUUGUGUUUACUGAUGCACUAUGUUGGAUACCCAUAUUUAUUUUGAAGCUCCUUUCUUUACUUCAAGUAGAAAUACCAGGUACCAUAACUUCAUGGGUGGUGAUUUUUAUACUGCCAAUAAACAGUGCUUUGAACCCUCUUCUCUACACUUUGACUACACGACCUUUCAAAGAAAUGAUUCAUCAGGUUUGGUAUAAUUACAGACAAAGAAGAUCCAGAAGAGGUAAAGGCAGUCAGAAAACAUACGGCCCAUCAUUCAUUUGGGUAGAGAUGUGGCCAAUGCACGAAGUCACGCCAAAGCUAAGGAAGCCUGUGCUUUGUACAGACUCCUCCGAUGCUUCAGUGACUACACAGUCAACAAGACUAAAUUCAUACACGUAAAUACGUUUUGAAUCUUCACAGCGACAUCUGCACUGUUAGCUUCACAUCUGUGGGCCUACUGCUUUACAGCAAUGAGGAAAAAGGAAGAAGGAAUGACACCUGGGCUCACGUGGACCAAAGCAGAAAAAAGAGACAGCAGCGUGUCUGUUUGCAGAUAGA